UCGCUGCCCCGAUCAACGCAGCCUUCGUCUGCCUUUCCCUGGGGACGGUGUCGACCGUCUCCUUCCUGGGCAGAGGUGCUGCCGUGGCGCAGGACCCGGUGACGUUUAGCGGGAGGUCUCUGCUGGCCGCUCGCGUGGAUGAGCUUGGGUCGAAGCCUUUCACCAGGAACGAGAUCAUCGGCUUCGCCGUCGGCUCCGUCUCCUCCGUGCUGUACCUGUGCUCCCGAGUCCCCCAGAUCUACACGAACUACAAGAGGAAAUCCACCAUCGGGGUCUCCUACUCCCUCUUUGCUCUGGUGAUGCUGGGGAACUCGCUCUACGGCCUCAGCGUCCUCCUGAAGAACCCCGAGCCGGGGCAAGGAGAAGGCAGCUACGUCCUGCACCACCUCCCCUGGCUGGUGGGCAGCUUGGGCGUCCUUUCCCUCGACGUGGUCAUCUCCUUCCAGUUCCUCGCCUAUCGGAGGGGAGGAAGACCCGGUACCCGCGAAGAGAGGGAUGCUCUUCUCAGCGAGCAGGGGGACAGCUUGGAAAGCUGA